AUGACUGAACUCAGACGUACCCUACCUGCCUCAUGGUACACCAACGAGUCGCUCUAUCAGAUGGAGCGAAGGGCGAUUUUCAAUAAGUCUUGGUAUCUGCUUGGUCCGGUCACCAAGUUCCAGACUGUGGGCGAGCAUUAUGAGUAUGAACAUGCGCAGCAACCCAUAUAUGUUGUUCGUACUUCCGGUGAUACUUUGAAUCCAACAGCCGAAGAGCUGAAGGUGUUCCACUCAGAGACGAGCAAGGAACUGCGUAGCCAUCUUACCCCAACUGGUCUACUGUUCUCAACCAUUUCCGAUGAAGCUCCCAGCUUCCACGAGUUUUUCCCUGAUAUUGAGGAGCUACUUGCAAAAGUGGACUUCACCAAAUUGCCUUACAGGCACAGUAUCAAAUAUGAAGGCCGUUUCAACUGGAAGACCAUGGUCGAUGGGUACCAAGAGUGUCUGCACUGUCAGUACACUCAUCCAUCAUUUUCCAUAUAUUAUCCGCCUACUUUCUAUACCGUGAAGAACUCCCAUAAUUUCAGUCAGCACAUCGCCGAUCCCAAGAAGCCGGAUGACGGACUCUUUCUUUACACCUUCCCGAAUUCUACGAUCAAUGUGUACGGAGGCGGAAUGUCUUCUUUUCGAGUGUGUCCGACAUCUGAUCCCAACGUGACUCGCAUGGAGUUUGACUACUACCACUUGGAGUCGGGCGAGAAAUUUGACGAGUACUACAAGUUUGUGCGGCAGGUCGCGCACGAGGACUUCGAGCUCUGUGAGAAAGCCCAGUUUAAUCUCUCACAGGGUGUCUACCACGAGGGCAUCUUGAAUCCCGAGAAGGAAACAGGUGUCUCUUCAACGAGUAUUUGA